AUCGAUUCUCACCUUCGUUAUAUCAUCUGUCGUGGUGGAACAGAGUUCAAUGCCUCUUACUAUAAUCCCACGGCAUCGAACGAGGGUUCUUAUAUGCGCACGCAAUUUCUUCUGGCAAAUACUUUAGUUCACGAAUUGACACACGUUUGGUUUUUCAAUGUGACCGACGAGUACGAAGAUUUGAUGCCUUUCCGUAACGACGACAGGAUCUCAGAAGAGGGCUUUGCAGCCGAAACAAUGAUACACAAAGACGUGAUCCUCGAAGAUAUGGAGGCCAAUUUUAUAUUGCGAACAAUGCCUUUUGGAAUGCGCGCAAACCGAUGGCCAGGAGUACUUGACGGGCCCGAACAUGUCACGAGAGCCAGUGCGGCGAGGCAUGAUAUCAAGUUCGACACUAUGUAUGCGGUUCCUAUGAGUUACGUACACCAAUUCUUCCUCGACGACUUUUGGACCAAUCGUGUUGAGCGAUUUGGCGAUGGAGCUCUCAGCAAUUACAAAGCUGUGGGCGUGAGACGGAAUCUCGUCAACAGACUCAAGUUCGACCCUUCAGAGCAUGGAAUGAUCAAACGGAAGCUAAACCCCGUCACUAGCUUAUGGGAGGAAGAUCCUGAGAUUGACGCUGAUGCCGAGUUUCCAGAAGUGCAUGAGGGAAUAGUUUAUAAGGACAAGGUCUUGACUCUCAUGGGUGAAGAGAUGUCUGAUUCGGAUGAGGAAAUGGAGGACGUCGAUAAGAGCGAUGACGAUGACGACGACGAUGAUGGUGGCAUAAUGGUCACCUAG